AUGAGCUGUCAGACAUCUGAUUGUCAAUACAGAAAAGCGCAGGAAGAGCAUUGCUGGCUUGACGAACAACACAACUGGAGAGUACGUUGUAUCGAAAGAGACUGGAAUGAAGCUAAAAAGUAUAGAAUUCGCAACCCGUUGAUCGGUAUACCCCGAGAUGCUCUCUUUGCAGACGUUGAUCAGUUCGCGACCACCUACGGUCUCCAAGACAUUCAGCCACUGUUGAGGAAGGGAGCACUGGCUGCGCAAAAUCCUUUCGCUAUCGAUACGAUACCCGAUCUCAGUGACGAGGAUAGGCAAACAUUGCACGAAGAAAUCACAAACAGAUGGCGUCAACCGAAGAUCCUUUACAUUACCAUCAUCCUCAACUCCAUUGCUGCUGCAAUUCAAGGAUGGGACCAGACAGGUUCCAACGGCGCCAAUUUGUCGUUUCCUCAAGAUUUCGGUAUCGAUGAAGGUCCAGAGGGUCCAUGUGCGAUAACUGGUACCUGUGAGCGCAAUCAGUGGUUGGUCGGCGCUAUCAACUCUAUGCCAUACUUCGCCAUCUUCCUCUUUGCUGCUUGGAUUUCUGAUCCCCUCAAUCAUCUGCUCGGUCGACGACACACCAUCUUCAUCGCCGCAGUCUUCUCUCUUCUUGCACCCAUCGGUAUGGCUGUUACCCAGAACUGGCAGCAGCUUAUGGCUGUGCGUGUCCUUCUCGGCAUCGGUAUGGGCCUCAAGGAAGUUACAGUACCUGUCUUCUCUGCCGAAGUGGCUCCAACCAUGAUUCGUGGUGGUCUUGUCAUGUCAUGGCAAGUCUGGACCGCGUUCGGUAUCCUCCUCGGAACUUCAGCCAACUUGGCUGUGAAAGACACAGGCGCGAUAGCCUGGAGGUUGCAGCUUGGCUCAGCCUUUAUUCCAGCCGUGCCCCUUGUGCUUGGAAUUUACUUUGUGCCCGAGUCACCUAGAUGGCUUAUCUCUAAGAAGAGGUACGGCAAAGCGUAUAAGUCGCUCUUGCGAUUGAGAAACACGCCACUCUUGGCGGCACGAGAACUCUACUAUAUCUACGCUCAAACACACCAAGAAGCACUCCUCAUUGCUCAAUCAGGCGUCUCGACCAACGACAACUUUUUCACACGUGUAGUCGAAUUGUUCACUAUCCCUCGUAUCAGGCGAGCAACGCAGGCUUCGGGUGUUGUCAUGAUUGGUCAACAGAUGUGUGGCAUCAACAUUAUCGCUUUUUACUCGUCCACUAUCUUCGCCAAUGCAGGUGCCACAGUCACGGGUGCACUUCUAGCAAGUUGGGGAUUUGGUAUUAUUAACUUUAUCUUUGCUUGGCCUGCAGUGUGGACGAUUGACACAUUUGGCCGACGUGCUUUGCUGCUAUUCACCUUCCCAAACAUGUGCUGGACUCUAUUAGCGGCUGGUCUAUGCUUCUAUAUUCCGGAAUCGAGCACAGCACACCUUGCUCUGAUCGCGCUGUUCAUUUACUUGUUCGAUGCCUUCUAUUCGCCUGGUGAGGGUCCUGUGCCUUUUACAUAUUCCGCCGAGGUAUUCCCUCUCUCUCACCGUGAGGUUGGUAUGUCUUGGGCUGUGUGCACCAACAACUUCUGGGCGACAGUGGUUUCUCUUACCUUCCCGCGACAGCUUCGAGCCUUUGGAUCCACCGGGGCCUUCGGGUUUUACGCAGCCUUGAACGCGAUUGCCUUUGUGAUGAUCUUCUUGUUCAUGCCCGAGACCAAGCAACGCUCACUCGAAGAACUCGACUAUGUGUUUGGCGUUCCAACACGGACACAUAUGAAGUACCAAGUCGGUACAGUGCUCCCUUACUGGCUCAAGACAACCGUUCUCCGCCAAAAGGGCCACCCAUCUCCUCAACUAUACAAAUUCGAUACCGAUGCCGGUGUCACUGAUGUCAGAGAUGAUGUCCCUGCCUACACUAAGGCUUAA